UUUUGAUAAAGAAUAUACCUAUUAAAUUUAACGCAUUCCCAUAGUUGGGCAUAUACACUUUUGGAUGUAUUAUCGCACAUUAUUCCAAUAUAUAGUAUAUUUAUAGCAAGUAGUAGCAAUUUAUGGAUUGCCAUUGUUCUCAAGCGGCCGAAAUGCGGCUUAUCCUUAUCUCUAUCUGACUGAUAGAGGCCUUUGUUUUAAUGCCCUGUGAUAAGCCAUAAAACAGAUCUCCAUUGUCAAUGCACAAAAGCAAUUUAUUGGAGUGCAGGUGGCCAAAAUGAACGUUCCAACUGACCAGCUGCUAAUCCUCUUGCUUGGCUGCCUCGCCCUGCAGCCGGUUGGGGCCAUUGUCUGCUAUCACUGCGACUCCGUUGCGCUGCCCGAGUGCGCCCAGACGCUGGGCGAGGUGGGCCUGCUGCCGUACAAGGAGUGCGCCCCGGAGCUGACGUGUGCCAUGUCCAUUGUGGACUCGAUUACGUAUCGUGGCUGCGGCGCCGAGACGCCCACCACGCAGGCCAGCUAUUCCAAAAGCUGUUCGAGCAAUCUUUGCAACGCGGGCGUUUAUCCACCUGGUCGGCUCAAGUGUCAUCAGUGCGCGGGGGAGAGCUGUGUGGCUGCGCCGGCGGGCAAGCCGCGACCCUGUCUCUAUCAUCGGGAGGAGGAUCAGUGCUAUACGGAAAUCGUGAGUGCAGCAUUGGGGUAUCGCGGCUGCAGCUCCGAUGCCAAUCACACGGCCGGAUCAACGGCGCAGCUCUGCGAGAUUAACGGCUGCAAUGAUGCACAAGGCGCCUGGACCUUGAGCUGUGCACGCUGCGAUUCGCGUGAGGCACGCGGCUGCAAGAUGGAUCUCUUUCAGCUGGGCAGCCGCUGCAAUGUCAGCCAGUUCGAGCAGUGCCAGCAGCAGCUGCUGCUUGGCCGGGAGCAGCAGCAAUUCUGCUACACCUAUCACAAUCUGAGCCGCGUGAUGCGCGGCUGCUCGGCAGAGCUGCCGGCAGAGCUGGAGCCAGUGCGGGAUCAGCUAGUGACCUGCGCUACGGGCGACAACUGCAACGCAGGCUGCCUGCCGCAGCAGCGCUGCCUCAGCUGCAACUCGGCGGAUCGGGAAACGUGCCGCAGCAAUGCCACAGCGCUGAGCAGCAGCGUGUGCGGCUCCGCGGAGGCCUCCUCGUGCUAUGCCUGCGAGUAUGACGAUUGGCAGGUGCGACGCGGCUGUGGCGCGCCGCCCAGCGAUCCGCACGUAAUCAACUGCUACGAAUGCGCGGACAACGAUGAGCUGGCGGCCUGCAAUGUGCCGGACUUUACGCGCUGCUAUCGCUGCAGCAGCGACAAUGCCGCCGGCUGUGCCAACUGGGAGCAGCCCGGCGGCAUUUACAUAGAGCAGUGCGAUGUGCCCGCAGCACCUUGUCUGAUGGUUAGCCACACGAACGGCACCACGGAGCGCGGCUGUCAGCGGGCAGAUUUCAACUGCAGCAAUGCAUCGGUGGCCAGCUGUCGCAGCUGUGAGGGCAGCUUUUGCAACACGGGCGCCUAUCCCGAACAGCGACUGUGGUGCCAUCAGUGCGUUAAUUGCGAGCAUGUGGAACGUGGACAUAAUGCGCUGCCCUGUGGACUGUUGGCCAAUGAGCCGGCGAAUCAGGCGGCCGCCUGCCUGGAAUACUAUGAUGCGCACAGCGAGCUGGUGGUGCGCGGCUGUCGCUCCAAUGGCCAGCUUUACUACGAGUGCAUGUUGCGGAGCAGCGGUCAGGCGGGCUGUCGUCUGUGCCACAGGCACGGCUGCAAUGAAACGCCAGGGCAACAGUUGCGCGACGGCCUUCGGCUGGAGCAGCAGGCGCUAAUCUUACGUUCGGCGGCGGCAGCCAUGGGAGCUACAACUUUAACAUGUAUUUUAGGUUGGUUUAGCAUAAUUUAUCAAAUAACUGCAUUAAACUAGACAUGUUGUAAACCGGCUUUAAA